AUGUCGAACGCACCGAAGACGACGCGGGUGAAGAACAAGGCGCCGGCGCCGGUGCAAAUCACGGCGGAACAGAUCGUGCGCGAGGCGAACGAGCGCUCGGAGGAUGUCUACGCGGCGCCGAAACGGAAGAUCGCGGACCAGGAGGAGCUGAACGAGUACCGGUACGAACAGCGGAAGUAUUAUGAGGAUCGGUGUCGAUCGGCGUAUCACGAGACGCGGUCGUGGACGAAGUACGCGCGAUGGGAGGAGGGACAAGGGGACAUCCCGCGCGCGAGAAGCGUGUGGGAGCGGGCGCUGGAGCAUCACGGGCGAGAGGUGGCGAUAUGGUUGAAUUACGCGGAGAUGGAGAUGCGUAAUAAGGCUGUGAAUCACGCGCGGAACGUACUGGAACGGGCGUGCGCGACGUUGCCGAGGGUGGACGCGUUGUGGUACAAGUACGUGAACAUGGAGGAGGCGCUCGGGCAGGUUGCGGCGGCGCGGCAGGUUUUCGAGAAGUGGAUGAAAUGGGAGCCCGAACACACGGCUUGGCACGCGUAUGUGAAGAUGGAAGUGCGAUUUGGGGAGACGGAGCGUGUGAGGGAUAUUUUUCAGCGGUACGUGCAGGUGCACCCGGACGUCAAGGCGUGGACGCGCUGGGCCAAGUUUGAGUUCUCCUCGGGGAAUCGCACAAAGGCGCGAGAGGUUUACGAGGCCGCGGUGGAGUUCUUGCGAAACGAAAAGGACGUUGGGGAGAUCUACGCCAGCUUUGCCAAGUUUGAGGAGAUGUGUCAUGAGGUCGAGCGUGCGCGGGCAAUUUACAAGUUUGCCCUGGACAAUCUGCCGAAGGAACAGGCGGAGGUCGUAUACAAGGAAUUCAUGAAGUUUGAAAAGAUGCACGGCGAUCGUGAUGGCAUCGAAGACGUCGUCGUGAGCCAGCGUCGUUUUAAAUACGAGGAGGAGGUGUCGAAAAAUUCGCUCAAUUACGACACGUGGUUCGAUUACAUUAGGUUGGAGGAGAGUGCUGGCGACGUGGCAAAGACGAGAGAGGUGUACGAGCGAGCGAUUGCGAACGUGCCUCCAGCGAACGAGAAGCGAUUUUGGCAGCGGUACAUUUAUCUGUGGAUCAACUACGCGCUAUACGAAGAACUCGAGGCUCGAGAUGCCGAGCGCACGCGCGAGGUGUACAGAGCCUGCCUCAAGGUGAUUCCGCACGCCGAGUUCUCCUUCUCGAAGAUUUGGAUCAUGGCCGCCAAGUUUGAGCUUCGAGAAAAGCGCCUCGACGCCGCUCGUAAGAUUUUUGGCUUGGCAAUAGGUUUAGCACCCAAGGAAAAGAUCUUCGCGACGUACAUCGACAUCGAGUUCCAGCUCGGAAAUGUCGACAGAUGUCGAACGCUUCACGAGAAACACCUCGAGAUCGAGCCUCAAAACUGCUCGACAUGGAUCAAGUACGCCGAUCUUGAGCGUUCGCUUGGAGAAGUCGAACGAGCGAGAGCGAUUUUCGAGCUCGCCGUGGGUCAGAGCAUGUUAGACAUGCCGGAGGUGUUGUGGAAGGCGUACAUCGACUUCGAGACCUCCGAGGGAGAGCGCGAGCGCACGCGCGCCUUGUACGAGAGACUGCUCGAGCGCACGAAGCACGUCAAGGUUUGGAUGUCCUAUGCGCGCUUCGAGGCGACGCCAAUCGUCGUCGUCGAGGACGAUGCCGACGAGGAAGCCAUCGCGCUCGCGACGGCGGCAGCGGAGCAAGAUGAAAACGAGCGUCUCGAAUCGCGCCAGGCGAAAAGUCGCGCCGUGUACGAGCGCGCGCUCGGCGAGAUCAAGGAGAGUGAUCCUGACGCCAAGGAAGAACGCGUGAUGCUCCUCGAGUCGUGGAAAUCGUUCGAGGACACGCUUCCUUCUGAGUUUUCCAAAUCCGCCGACGUCAAAGCCAAGUUCCCGCGGCGCGUCAAGCGCAAGCGCGCCGUCACCGACGAUGACGGCCGCACGGUCGCUCAGGAGGAGUAUUACGACUACAUCUUCCCCGACGACGCCGGAGCUGGGCAACCGAACCUCAAGCUUCUUGAGGCGGCGUACGCGUGGAAGAAACAAAAGGCUGCGGGCGGGACGUGA